AUAUAAAUCAUAUUUAAGUAGAUACUUAUUUACCAGCGCAUGUUCCUCGGUAUGAGGCUCCAUGUUGCCUCUUCCCCGCGUGGCCGAGCUGUGGUGACUGGCCGGCUGUGCACGCCCCGAUACCACCAAAAUGGGGUACGUCAAGGUAGUCAAGAAUAAAGCUUACUUCAAGCGAUUCCAAGUGAAGUUCAAGAGGCGCCGUGAAGGCAAGACUGAUUACUAUGCUCGUAAACGCCUAGUUGUUCAGGCCAAGAACAAGUACAACACCCCUAAACAUCGGCUGAUUGUACGCCUCACCAACACUGAUGUCAUUGCCCAGAUUGCUUAUGCAAGGAUUGAGGGAGAUAUGAUAAUUGCAUCUGCAUACUCCCAUGAGCUUCCCAACUAUGGUAUCAAGACAGGCCUUACCAACUAUGCAGCUUGCUACUGCACUGGACUGCUGCUGGCCAGGAGGGUUUUGAAGAAGUUCAAUUUGGAUGGCAUUUAUGAGGGCCAGAAGGAGGUGGAUGGAGAGAUGUACUCAGUGGAGGAUGUGGACAGUGGACCAGGAGCUUUCCGGGCCAACCUUGAUAUUGGCCUGGCACGCACUACCACUGGGGCUCGCAUCUUUGGUGUAAUGAAAGGUGCUGUGGAUGGAGGCAUUGAGGUGCCUCACAGCGAGAAGAGGUUCCCUGGCUAUGAUAAGGAGGCUAAGGAAUUCAAUGCCUCUGUCCUGCGUGACCACAUCAUGGGAAAGCAUGUAGCCAAUUACAUGCGUGAACUCAUGGAAGAAGAUGAAGAUGCAUACAAGAGGCAGUUCUCUCGCUUCAUUAAGUGUGGAAUCACUCCUGAUGAGCUUGAGGACAUAUACAAGAAGGCGCAUGCCAUCAUCCGGGCAGACCCGAUCCCCAAGCCCCGCCCGGAGAAGAAGGUGACAAAGAAGAGAUGGAAUGCUAAGAGGCUCACCCGUGAAGAACGCAUGGCUGGAGUCCAGGUCCGAAAGGAUGCCUGGUUGGCCAAGAUUGAGAAGGGAGAAGCCACCCUCCAAGAAAUUCAUAGAAAGCAUUAAUAAACUUGUCACUUGAAGAGAA